GCCCAUACAGACAGCAUUGGAUUGGAGAACACAGUCAUUCUGAUCUUGUGACAAGGAAGUAAGGUGUGGAAACAAGUGGCUGAAGGAAAGGCUGGAUUCAUUUGAACCAUGGACUACCGUGUGCUCGGCGUUGUUUUGCUUUCUUUUCUCGCCUACACUAAUGCUGAGCAGGUGAAAUUUGUGGACUGUGGCUCAGUAGAAGGAAAAGUCACUGAGGUUGACAUCCAGCCCUGCUCUCAACAGCCAUGCCAGCUUCACAAGGGACAGUCCUAUUCAGUCAAUGUAACCUUCACCAGUAGUGUUGAGAGUAAGACUAGUGCAGCUGUGGUUCACGGAGUGGUCGCUGGCAUCCCCGUCCCCUUCCCUAUUCCUCAAUCAGAUGGUUGCAAGUCUGGAAUUCAGUGUCCUAUUGAACCGCAAAAAACAUAUAGCUACGUCAACCAGUUACCCGUCAAGAACGAGUAUCCAGCAAUAAAACUGGUUGUGGAAUGGGAAUUAAGAGACGACUCCAGCAAAGAUUUAUUUUGCAUCAAGUUCCCUGUUCAGAUUGUGAACUGAAGGCCAACACUGAAGCCAAAAAUGCUUACAAAGGGAUACAAUUAAGAACCGAGGCAUCUGGAUGUGUGCCUUUUCUAUGGACCUUUUAGAACUAAUAUUAGUAGAUGCAGAUUUUAUGAUUUAUUCUAAUACUUUUUUCUAAACAUGACACAUUAGUCAUUCGAAUGUAUGGUCUCUAACUAUGCACACAGUGCCACUCGACAGAAAUUGCCUAAUCUUAGUUUGUUUCUGUUAUAUUAAUGAUUCACUAGAACGAGACGCUGACAAACAACAGUGGUCAUUGCCGGUGAUUAAAUCAAGUGUGCACUAGCUCCUGUGUGGCUAGACGGUGUUCUGAUGUGUCUAAUCAAAGUUUUUUUUUUUUUUUUUUAAAACAACUGGUUGUGAACUUUUUACUAACAUUUUAAAUCUGCAUAUUUAAUAAAGACCGCAUCUUAAUAUGAGCUUAUUUUCUUAAAACAUUGGCAAAUGUGUCUGAAUGAAAUAAACUACUUUUUUAUGGUAAA